AUGUAUCCACCAAUCCAAAGAAAGGAUAGGUUUAAGCUGGACAGCCCGCCGUACCGCGUUGUGGACAACAACUCCCAUUCCAUUACUGGUAAAGUAGACCCCCAACACCCCAGGGUGUGUGGUCACAGUGCCAGGGUGUUGGAUGUCAAGUGGAACCCCUUUGAUGACCACUGCAUCGCCUCCUGCUCUGAAGACUGCACCGUAAAGCUAUGGGACAUCCCAGCCAAUGGUGUCUAUCAGAACAUGACCCUCCCUAGGAAGGUGCUUCAGGGUCACAGCCGCAGAGUCAACCUGAUAGAAUGGCACCCUACUGCUCGGGAUCUACUGGUCAGCUCAGCCUACGACUACAAGGUGAUGGUCUGGGAUGUGUCAGUGUGUGACUCAGUGCUGAGGAACCCAGUAUGUGUUAUUUCUCUUCACACUGAGCUGGUUCUCUCCAUGUCCUUCAACAAUGACGGCAGCUCUCUAGCUACCACCAGCCUGGACAAGAAGAUCAGAGUCAUGGACCCACGUACUGGACGCCUCAUACAGGUCUCCAGCAGUAAACUCCACAGGGCCAAUAAGGUGGUGUUUAUAGGAGACCAGAACAUGCUGUUUUCUACUGGCAGCUCACCAUGGAACCAAAGACAGAUCACAUUAUGGGAUCCGGAUGAUCUGUCAGAGCCGCUGUCGGAGGAGGAGGUGGAUGGAGGUGCAGGAGUACUCUUCCCAUUCUACGACCCUGAUACACACAUCCUCUACCUGGCUGGCAAGGGUGAUGGUAACAUCCGGUAUUAUGAGAUCAGUUCUGAGAAGCCCUACGUUCACUUCCUCACUGAGUAUUACUCCCUACUGCCUCAGAAAGGAUUGGGGGUCAUGCCUAAGCGCGGUCUGGACGUGAGUUCCUGUGAGGUGUUCCGGUUCUACCGCUUGGUGACCGUUAAGGACCUGGUCGAACCGCUCUCCAUGAUCGUCCCUCGCAGGUCCCCAAAGACCUUCCAGGAUGACAUCUUCCCCAUGACAGCAGGCAAUGAGGCGGCACUGACGGCUCAGCAGUGGCUCUCAGGGAUCAAUAGAGGCCCGGUGCUGAUGUGUCUGAAACCUGGCAGUAGGAUAGCCAACCCCUACCCUGAGACCCUACCAAGGAGGGGGCUGAGCAGCUUCCAGAGUGGGGGACCAGGAGAGACAGGGUCCACGGAGCAGGCCUUCCUCCAGGAGCAGCUGGCCUACCAGGAUGCCAAGUACCCCAGGGAAGUGGCUGAUCUGUCGGGCUGGCAGCCAGACGAGACCCAGGCUCCGGGUUGGGCCUACACUCCCCACUGUUGUGAGCCCUCAGAGUGCCCUCCUCCCAGGACAGAGAGUGAGCUCCUUCAGGCAUUCUACAGACAACAAGAGGAGAUCAGGGGACUGAGAGACCAGCUCAACCAGAAAAAGGUUGUAUAUACUGAGUGUUCUAAACAUUAAGAACACCUUCCUAAUAUG